GCUUUUUCUUUUUUGGAGAAAAUAGAAGAACGAUGAUUGGAUGUGUCUUGGUUACCCUUUUUAAUUCAUUUCCGUUAGUGGCUGCUUAUCAAAGUUAUGAUACAAAUGCUGAGUGACUGGUUUCAAAAUGCAUGGUCAGCUCUGUUUUUCUUCUUAAUACGCCCCAUGUGGAAGUGGGUUCUUCGCAGAGUGACAGGAAAAUGUGAACUUCUGCGUAUCACAUAUGAGGAAAGAAAGGGGGCUAAGAGGACUUUGAGGAUAGAGAGAAGUCUGAAGUUAUCAAAUGUUACAUACCUACACCAGUUGAGCAAGGAGGAGGAUGUUGAUAUAGUUGUAGCAGUGGGCGAGGUGAUGAAAGUCAAGCAGAUCAUUCCAGAGGUUCACAUGAAAUUUAAAGGAGAUUUACAAGACUGCUUGUGCCAAAUAUGUGGAUACAAAAGAUUAAAGAGGGAAAUAGAAAUGAUGAGAAAAACAUCAUAUUCACAAGAAAACUCGGAACAUGAAGAAAAAUUAAUGCAGUUAUGGAAAAUCUUAAUGCCAGAUGAGAAGUUAGAGUCCAGAAAAUCCAAACAGUGGUCAGUCAUAGGAUUCCAAGGGGAGGAUCCAAUGACAGAUUUUAGGGGCAUGGGUAUACUGGGACUCAACCAGUUGUUAUACUUUGCCAUACAGUAUUCAGAUCAGUGUAAACACCUUCUGUCUCGAUCUCAUCACCCUAAAUAUGGCUACUCCUUUGCCAUUGUGGGUAUUAACUUGACCAAUAUGGUUUAUAAAGCCUUAGUCAGUGGAUCUCUUCGUACUCAUUUCUACAAUGUGAUAGAUGGAGCUCCUAGAGUUCAGGAUUUUCAUGAAGUUUAUUGUCACAUCUUUUGGGAAUUUGAUCAGUUUUGGUUUAAAGAAGAGCCUGAGGAUAUUAUGCAGUUUGGAACUAUGAGAGACAAAUUUAACAGAAAAUUGUUACACAAGCUGUCAAAAACUACCACAAUUUUAAAAUCUGAUUUCCAAAUUAAAGAAUGAAAAUGUGUUCUGAUGAGUUUACAAUGAUAUAGCUUAUUACUUGUUACAUGGUACAUGUACAGCCAAAGCACUUAACUUUUUUUAACAGCAUAAUAUAUUGAAAUGUGACCCUUUCUUAUGCUUUAUACAUGUAGGUUAUGACAGAUGUUUCAGUAAUCAAAUUCAUGGUUUCACCAUAGUAAUUUCUUUUACUCUAAAAGCAUAUCAAUCAUGGGCUUAUUGUUGCUCUUGAAUGUACAGUAGUACAUAAUAGUACAUUAUGGGAACUAACAUUUGAAUUAGACUCAGCAGGGAAUCCAGCAAUUUAAGUAAAAGCACAAAAUCAUCUAAGACCUAAUGCACUUCAUUCCAUUCACUUUUAUGCCUUCUUUAUCAUGACAUCAUUGAACAUUCUAUGUUUACAUUGUUAUACAACUUUAGGGGCAGGUAACUCCAUUCAGUUUUACCUAAUAGUGUGAGAUACCGGUAAAUUAAGUUGACUCAAACUAUAACAUAUCAACUGUAUGUCAGGUACAAAGAUUAAAGUCAACAUAUUCAACUCAUUCUAUUGGUUACUACGUGAAAGUUUUACAAACUUUUUUUUAUCUUUUUUAUUUCAUUGAAAACAUCAAGCUACAAGUGUUUGAGAUUAUGGUAGAUGAAAAGACAUGAACUGUCAUCUAGAUAUACUGUGUUCCGUAGAAUAACUACUGUAGUUUUAGUUCUGUUAUCAUGUGUGAUAAAGUACACAUGUAUUUUGUUUAGUUUUUGGAACUGACUAGAAGUUUCACACUAAAUCGUACCAAUAAUUUUGUGGGAAUGAUUUGCAUAACAUAUCUGGAAGGCCAGGAAAUUAGAGGUAGUCAUUGUAAAUUCAAGCUGUGCUAAAAAUUGAAUAACAUGUGUUAGCACAUCUAUACACCUUAAAAUGUUUUGACACAAAAAUAUUUAUUUAUGUUAUAUAAAUAAUAAAACUUUUUAUGAAAGUA